GUGGGUCAAAGAGUCAUGAGUUCGUGUGAACAAGUGAAUGCAGGAAUUUUCCAGACUAAAGUAAUUAGAGUGACAGGUUUCAUGAAGGGGCUAUACACAGACUUUGAGAUGAAAUCUGAUAAUGUUAAGGAUAAAGAUGCCAGAAUCAGCUUUCUCCAAAAGGCAAUUGAUGUUGUCAUAAUGGUAACAGGGGAGCCAUUAGCAGUGAAACCAGUCCGUAUUGUAGCUGGACAUGAACCUGAAAAAACAAAUGAAUUUCUCCAAGCAAUUGGAAAAUGCUGUCUCAAUAAGUUAUCCAGUGAUGAUGCUGUGAAAAGGGUCCUUGCUGGGGAGAAAGCUGAUAUCAAGGGGAAAACUCCAUCUUCUUCUAAAUUUCAAGACAAAGAAAAUAGAGAAUCCAGGGCAGAAGAACAAAAAAGCCAUAAAGAUAAAGAGGGUAGAGGCGACUCUGAAAUAAAAGACAGAAGCACAAGCAGAGACAGAAAACCUAGAGAAGAACUGAAAGAUGGAGAGAGCAGACAAAGGGAAAAGGAAAGUGACAAGCAUAAAGAUAAUGACAGACGCGCAGGCCUGGAAAGGGACAAUAUUAAGGAGGGUGAAAAACAUGAGAGAGACGCACAUAAAAACAGAACAGCUAAGCAAGGAAGAGAAACAGAAAAAAGUAGAGACAAAGAAAAAGGCGACACUGAACGAGAGAAAGACCUGGACCAUGAUAAAAGACGGGAGAGAGACAGAAAAAAUGAUGGAGGACGAGAAAAGGACAGAACGAAGGUCAGGGAUAAAGACCGUGAGAAAGGUCUGAACAGGGAAAAAGACAGGGAAAAACGAGAACGUGGCGAAGAUGGGGAACAUUCAAGAGAACAAGGAAAAGAUAAAGCAGAAAAAAAGUCCACAGAAUCAGAGGAAACUAGAGCAAGGAAAACUAAAGACACCAAGAAUGAACCAAACAAUGAGAGUGAAAGUCUUGCAAGAUUAUCAAGGCAGCAUUCAACAAAGGGGUCAAGGCACCGGUCCAAACCUGGAGGAGAAGGUACUUCAUUAGAGCUGAUUAGGUCACCACCUUCAGUUAGAAGAAAGGAUUCUAAAAGUAGUACAACUAGAGACUCACCUGAAAAAAAGUCUAGUUCAUCACAUGUGAAAGGACACGGUAGGAAGGAUACAGUAGAAAAACAGCUAGGAAGAAGAGAAGCUAGUAAAAGUGCAGCUAAUAUUUUGGUUGAGAAAAGUGCUAGCAUAUUGAGAGCUGAGUCCAUCACUGCAGUACAGGAAAGAGGAGUACUGGAAACUAAUAGCACAACAGAUCAUGUUUCAGAUGAAACAGCUGCUAGUGUAUUCCGUGAGAAAGCUGAACCAGGAGCUGCAAUAAAACAGCAAGAAGGGGAAGCUGGGAAUAUUUCUUCUGAAAAGCCAAUGGUAUCUGAGAAUGGUGAAGUAUCUAAUGAUCUGCCACCUCAUGCCACCCAAAGAAGAAUGCCCCGCCCAAGCAGUGCUAGACCAGCUCCACCUAGAAUCAAACGACAAGAAAGUACAGAGAUUUUACUUCCAGAGAGAAGUGGCAGUGGCAAAACAGUCUCAAAUGUGAUCAUAGACAAACAGAAUUCUGAUGAUGACGAUGAUCAGUUUGUGGUGGAGGCAACUCCACAGCUACCUGAAAUGCCAGAAAUGGAAAUGGAACCAGCAGUGGAGCUAGAUGGAGAAGAGAAGCAUGGUGGGCUUGUAAAACGAAUCUUAGAAACAAAGAAAGAUUAUGAGACAUCCCAAAAAUCACUGAAUUCUUCAGAAAAGCAGAAUCCUCUGCUUUUGACUGCUUCAGUACUGCCAAUAUCAGACUGGUUAUUUGCUGUGAACCAAUCUGCCUGAACCCACUGCCUGAGAUGCCAUCACUAGAUUUUUGGGACCCCUUUUCAUAGCAACUUGCUCUCUUUUGUCACCUGUGUGAUGGCUGUUACCUCUACUAGAAGGUUGGGUGAAAUUCAGGCCCUCUGCCAACUGUAUUGCUUAAGAACAAAGACAUACUUGGACUUUAUCCCAAGGUGCUUCCCAAAAUAAUUUUUGAUUCCCACUUUAAUUAAUUAGCCCAGCUUCUACUUCAUUUCCUCCAAAUCCUCAUUCUACCCCAUGUAAUACAAAAUUGUAUACUCAAAAUUGGGUUAGGGCUUUUCAUUUAUAUUUGGACAGAUCCUCUUCAAGUUUGUGGCAUUAGCAGAAAGGGUUAAAGGAUGCCCUGUAGCCAGCCACCCAGUAGCUGCCCACAUUACCAGGAAGAAUUCUCUGGGUUGUUCUGUAAUCCUUUCAACUGAGAUACAAGCAGUCUCUUUUGCUGCUUUGGGUAAUAUAUCAAUAUUAGAAACUUGUACAGUUCCUUGUACAGCUCUAGUCACACAUUUAUUUCUGUUGUUCUCUUGUUCUUUUAGAUUGGGUGCCAGGUUCCAGUUACAACUGCCCUGCAGUCCCUCUUUAACUAGGAAACCAUUUCUGAUCUCCAGGCUUGCAGUAACUAAAUGUCACCUAUGUAGAGUGUAAUCUUUGUGGACUGUUGCUCAAAGAAGAGAUCAUAGUUGCUUAUUUUGGUUUAUGUAGUUUCCAUGACCACUCCUUCUUCCUUUCUAAUUUGGAAUUCUAUUGAUAGGGAUUCUUAUUAGGAAAGGAACUGAGUCCUGUUUGAGGGCAUCCUGUCCUUUUCACGCUUGGCUACAGUCAUUGUGAUAGCCUGAAGAGGGCAGAUGGACACUACUAUUCAAAGAGAAUCCCAUUUUGAGCAGGUGGGACUCAGGUAUCCAGCUUGCAUUAAAUGCCAGUUGGAUUCCUGUCUCCUAAAUUCUUUGAAAAAAGAAUGGUUACUCUAGAGCAACAGUAGUUCUUUGAGAUGUAUUGCUUAAUUCCUGAUUCCACUUUAGAUGUGCCUGGCACUGUGGAGAUGCUUUAAAAACCUCACCUAUUAUCCUUUUAUGUAGUUUUUUUUUUUUUUAAAUCUUGAUUCCUCCAGACUUGCUAUAACAAGGUAACUUAGAUUUCAAAUAUCCAGUAGGGGGAAUAUCAAACAGAAAUGACAUUUAUAUGCCCAUCUCCUGCUGAAUAUCAUUUGGAGCUGGGUACCUGCACUGUUACUUGUACCUUUACAAAACAUAAACAAGUGCAACCUGCUGCAUUAGCUUCAUGUUGCCUAUGCCAAUCCAUCUGAACCCUCUAACUUCAUGUAUAAUUACUUAUAAAUACCAGAUCUUCUCCGUCAUCACUCUCCUGCCAGUUUCAACAGGCAUGAUAUUUAGGCAAUUCAUUCUUUCCACCAGCAUAUUUAAUUAUUGGGUCUCAAGUGCUAGGUUUUAUCAUGAAGGACCAUCCCAGCAGCUUUAAUGGGGAUGGGGUAAAGAUCAGGCAACGGAGGGACUGCUUUCUGGACUAGAAUGAGCUGUGAGCUGAUAAGCUCUUUUAUGCCAAGUACUUUUCUGCCUGGAUAAGAAUUUUGUCAUUCCUCUAGGAAUCCUUCUUUUCCUCAGUUCUUACAGAAUCUGUCCAUAUCAGAUGAAAUUGAGAGGUGCUAGUAGGGCCAGGAACAAGCACCGCAGUAAAAUCACCUGGACUAAUGUCUUCUGUUCAGUAGGAAUGCCAGAUACUCAGAAUACCUUAUUCUGGACCAGCUAUUUAAGAGGCUGCUGCAAACUCUUCAGACCCCUGCCCUCUCUGAAGUCAGUUAAGUAUUACCUUCUUAAGGAAUCCACUUAUUAUUUGUAUUUUCAUUGUUAGUUUAGUUGAUAGGGCUGUGGCCUGGGGGAAGAUUAGUUCAUACUGUACAGUUUUCUCCCACUAUGUGUUCGAGUGCUUCUCAGUUUAAGUCUUUGAAAAAUAUCUUCACUGUUUGUCAUUUUUCAGAUUGCCAGCCAAUUUUAAAUAGAUUUGUAAAAGGACAGAAGUUAGCACUAGCAGAAGAAAGAUAAUAUUAUAUGCACUUUAUGAUGCACGUAUAUUGUGCUGUAGCCAGCAUCACAAUCUGUGGUACUUCUGCCUCUUCACAAGUACCAUCUUAAAAGAAUAUCAUUCACCUUCCUACAGAGCUUAGCAGUUACAAUUUCAGGAUUAUAAUGAUGAUGAUCAUCAUCAUCAUUAUAGUAGUACCUAAGUGCCAAACAAGAAUCAUGUCCCCUUAUGCCAGGCACAGUACAGUGCAAUGCCAUCCUUGUUGCAAAGUACUUGAAAGAGACCCAGGAUGGGAGAAGUUUUGUAACACAGAUUGUACUACAUGACAGUAAGUUUCAUGCUCCACUUUCUGUGGGAGGGAAGGGGGAUAAGUAUUGGGUAGUUAAGAAAGGAUCAAGUAAAUGAAAAGAAAAGUAAAGGGGUUUGAAGGAUAGAGUAAGGGAGAAAAGGGUAGGGGGCAAGUGUGGAGCAAACAGGUAGUAAUCCCAGAACAGAGCAAGUCUACUUAAAAACCUAGUUUUCUGCAUGUCCAUAGGUUUCUGCUUCAGUUGUUCCUACAUCUGUAUCUGAUCCUGAUUUUUUUUUAUUUUUUUUUUUUGGCUGUAUUUUACCUACUUUCCACUAGUGCUUUGACUACUUCUACAGCUGUUCCUGUCACUCUGCAUCCUAUUGAUGCUCAAUUGAUCCUUUUGAAUGGGCUUUUAUUUUUUGGACAAUCAGCUCCCAUAUAUUCAAGUAAACAAAAUGGAAUGUGUGGGUAACGGCUAUACUCUGCAGUGGAGGCCAGUGUGUUGUGGGCAGUAGGGGGCUUGGUUUGCAAGUGCCCUAUUAUCACUGCCCUCAAACAGCUUAAAAAAGCAAAACCCUUUUGAUCUUAGAAAGCAGAGCCAGGAAUGAGGAUGCUGCAGAGAAGGUAGCUUCAUUGGAACAGAACAAUAAGGAAAAUAGUCUUUCAUGCUUGGAUUGGUUAUCAGCAAUUCUGUAUUGCUUUAGGCAGCAAGGAUGCUGUCUUUACAUCUACAGAUAUUUUUAAAUAACUAAGGUUGAAUAAAUGUAAUGUUGGUGCUAGAGAAUACACUUGCUGCUUUACAGUACUGCUUUGGCUUCAUUCCAGCCUGCCAGAAGCAACAUCUUUAAAAACAUCAUUGGGCAUUAUAAAACCAUCUUUUUAGUUGCUACUAAAUGUUCAACACUUUUCUUGACUUCAUGCCUUCCUUUUUAUUUUAAAACAAUCAAAUUAGGAGAAGCCAUUUCUGUCAGAAGCAGCCAGGAGAAAAGAGAAGGACCUGGUAUCUAAAGAAAUAGAGAAGUUUCGUGGAUCUAUUCAGACCUUGUGUCGGAGUGCACUUCCGCUUGGGAAAAUCAUGGACUACAUUCA